UGCGGCUCGAGCCGUACACAGGCGGAUCCACCCAAGCAGUCAAGCAUUCCACGACGAAUCUCUGGAAAGGAGAUAGAGCAGCUAGAGAACACGACACGAUUUACCAAGGACGAGCUGGAGCUGCUCUCUCGGAGGUUUUACGAGGUUGCCGAGCUGGGAGAGGUUUCGCGUGAGUCGUUUGGGCAGGUCAUGUCGUCUGCAGGCUUGCCAAAGUACUCGGAGUCGUUUAUUGAUCGUGUGUUCCAGGUCUUUGACGUGGAUAGGUCAGGCACUGUGUCGCUCAAGGAGCUGUGCACGGGGCUCUCCGUGCUCUCGCAUGGGACGCCUGAGGAGAAACUCAACAUGUCGUUCAACGUGUAUGAUAUUAAUGGUGAUGGACAGAUUUCUGCGGAGGAGUUCCACGUCCUCCUCACCUCGCUCGAGCAGGGCAUGGUGCUGACGGGCAAGACGAACGUGGCACAGGUUGUGCAGCAGUUCUUGCAUGACUUUGACAUCAACGCGGACGAGAUGAUCUCGCUGACCGAGUUUAAGCUUGCUGCGCUGAAGGAGCCGCUCUUCCGCGAGCUUUUGGAGUCGCCGGACUCGGACUUUGACCUGUCGCGGACGCACUCGCGGUCCAACUCGAAGAACGUUUCCCCCUCGUCCCCAGGGGCCGCUGCCAGAGGCCCGAGGACAAAGAAGGGGCGGCCAGCUCGGACAAGUUCAAACCGGUCUGCAAACGCCAAGCCAUCCUCGCGCGGCUCCAAGUCGCCACAACAGCGCUCGACGUCGCUGGGCUCAGAGGACGCGGUCUCUAUCUCGGGCGCCCAGCAGGCCUCGCCUCGCUCCUCCAACUCGCUUCGCGCCAAGCCCGGUCGUGGUAAGCGGGAGCGGACCAAGGCCUAAGCCGCAGGCCACAGGCCGGGCCCAAAUGAACUCGUUAUCCUCCUCUGGA